AUGUGGAAUGAGCAUAAAGAAAUGAAGAUAAUAGACAGUCAAAAACUCAAGGAAGAUGCAGGUACUGCAACGAAGAAGGACACUGGGUGUUCCAGCAUUCCAGAGGAUGAGCAAUUGCAUCCGACGUUUAGACUGCACUGGUAUCGUACAGUUCCCAAGAGCAAUGUGCUCCUGGCGUCUGCGGAUUACAGGGCCCAGCUGUCAGCCGAGAGCAGUGUGAAGCCAAGCCUGGCCACAGUGCCUCUGGAUCUGGGUUGUACUAAUAGGAAAAACCGAGAAAAACAUUUGGAAUAUUAUCGACUUCCAAAAUUUAUUAAAAACCAAGGAGAGAAAUGCCAGAAGUUAUCAGAGGAAAGGAGGCGCUUGUGGUUGGCAAAGCUCAACCAACAUCUACGAGGGAAAAAUCUGCACAAUAUCCGGAUUUGUUCGGCACAAUUCUUGUCAGGUAAGAAGUCUGACCUUUACCAAAAGGAUGACCCAGAUUUUGUGCCAUCUGUUGGACUGACAGGUCAGCAAGGAGGUUCACCUCAGUCAACCAAAGAAACAGGGAACUCAAGCUACAAACGUCGCAUGACUCGAACCCAGCUGAAGCUGAAGCUGCUACUGCUUCUAGUGCUGCUGAUGACCCCACCACAAGUGAUUGUCAGCAACAAUUUUUGCUGCAUAGGGACUCAAACUGAAUUGACUGGUGAUGUCAUUGAGGGUAUGACCACUGAACUUCAAAAUCUUAGAACUGAAAACAUUCAGUUGAGCUCUGAUGUUGCACAUGUGUCCACUUCCUAUGACCAAAGUGCCUUUGUUGACAAGGAUGAAAAGGUUUUAUUUUUCACUGGCCUACCUACAUACCAGAUACUGUUAGUAUUAUUCACAUUCCUUAGUCACCACCUCCCUGUGAGGAAGUCACUUGAUAAGUUUAAGCAGUUGAUGCUGACAUUGAUGCGUCUUAGGCUUAAUGUUUCCACAACCUUCCUGUCAUAUGCAUUCAACGUGUCAAAAGCCACUGCUUCAAGGAUUGUCACUGAUGUAAUUGAUGUCAUGUUUAUUCGCAUGAAAUUGCCCACAUCAGGAUUCAUGUUGAGGGUGUGAUUGGUUGUGUGUGCCAGAAAUAUACUAUUUUUGGGGGAAUAUUGCCAAUUGAUUUAUUGAUGUACAAAGAUAGUGAUGGGUAUUGUACCAUAGAUAAGAUUGGACUUGUCUGUUGUGCUCUGGUGAACUUUAGUCCAUCAGUAGUUGAUUUUGACUAAAUUAUAUUUUUAUAUGCACUUUGCCAAUAAAAAUAUAAAUGAAUCCAUGUCUGGACUUGUCUAUUAAGCCU